UGAGAAAUUCUAUAACAAAAAAAAGUCUGUUUGUCCCCCACUGAAUAAAUAAAUAAUAAUGGCGGAGGAGAGAAGAGUCCCAUCAUCGGUGUCGGUCACAGUCGCCCACGACCUUCUUCUAGCCGGCCAUCGCUAUUUGGAUGUCAGGACUCCGGAAGAGUUUAGCCAGGGACAUCCCUGUGGGGCGAUCAACGUUCCUUACCUGAAGCGAGGACCAUCAGCAGGGAUGUCAAAGAACCCCGACUUCCUGGAACAAGUCUCCUCCCACUUCGGACAAUCGGACGACAUCAUUGUUGGCUGCCAGAGCGGGGGUAGAUCUUUCAUAGCCACCACCGAUCUUCUCGAUGCUGGUUUCACGGCAGUCAAAGAUGUCAGCGGUGGCUAUGCUGCCUGGGCCCAGAAUGGGCUUCCUACACAAGACUGACUGUGAUAUGGCCGGAGUCACUCACCACCACCAUCAUCUAUAAACCAAUCAUGUCUUAUUUUAUCUCUUCUCCUUCAAUAAUGUAUAUAUACGAGUGUUGUGUUGAUUGCAUCGAAUUGUCUGUUUACAGAACACUUGUAUAUAAGAAAUGAAAAACAGGAGCAUCUAAUCACGUUGUGGAUCCGAUCUUGGCA